AUGGUAAAAAAGUUCAUUUUACAUAUUAUUUUAAUAUUUGCUGUAUUUGAUUGUGUCUAUAGUUGUAUUGGUACACAACCAAGACAAUAUUAUUAUCCAUCAUCACAAGCAGGAUACAAUUCAACACAUUACUAUGAUUAUAAUUCAAGAAGAUGGGUACCAAGAAAUCGUAUGGCUGGAGCAGAAAAUAUUGAAUUAGGAGAAGAAUCAAAUAUGCAAACAUUAGUUGAUAAUAAUCCAUCUAUUUCAUCAUCAUCAGGAGCAUCAGCUUCAAAUGGAGCAGGUUUUAGAGUUGCAGGUACUAAAGGAAUUAAUUCUCCUGAACCAAUUCUUCCAUAUACUAAUAGUAAAACUUUACCUGGUGUUAAUUUCUAUGAAUUUGAUUCCAGUACAUAUAAUGAAGAAGGUGGUGGUCCAAUUAAUCAAGGACAACAUCUUAACUGUGAUUUUGACCAAGGUCAUUGUUGUUGGGCUAAUGUUCCAUCACCAGAUGAUCAGCUGGAUUGGAAAGUUGGUACUGGAAAUAUUACAACAAGUAAUGAUAUGUUAAUGCCAAUGCCUGGAGCAUAUCUUAUAGCUCAUGCAUCUAAAACUGCUCCGUCAGAUGAAGGACAAUUUGCAUCAUGUUCAAUUGCUUGUGCAUCAUCAAAUAUCAAAAUAAGAGUUAGAUAUUGGCAAUCAAAAAAUGUUUUAUUACAAGUUUGUCAACGUGAAUCAUUCCCACAAACAAUUGAAGUUAAUCCAUUAUUGAAUUGUCAAGAACUUCCAUCAAAUAAUUAUAUGGGAUAUAGUGAAGUAGUUUUACCUAAAGCUUCUUUAGUUGAUAUUGUCUUUGUUGCAAGUAAUUUUGUUGGAGAAAAAGAUGAUGUUGCUGUUAUUGAUAAAAUUGAAGUUAUUUAUGAAAAUAAUCAAAAUGAAUGUGAUAAAAAUGGUAAAAAUUCAUAUACUAGGGUUAAUGAAUUUAAACAAAAAGAAAAUUCUAAAAAUAGUAAAAAUAAUAAUGCACAGUCACAAUAUAAAAAAGAUUCAUUAUCUGAAUUAAGUCCAGAAAAUAAUGUAUUAACGGAAGAUAUUGAUAUGUCAAAUGUAGAUAAUACUAAAAAUAAUGUUGAAGGUUUUAUUGUAAAAGAAUCUAAAACAAAAAAUGAGGAAAAAUAUGGUGUUGAUAGUUUGACAAAUUUCUGUCAACGUACAAAAUGUGGUUUUGAAAAAGGUAAUACAUGUUAUUAUUCAGAUGUUUAUACUACACAAUCAAUUAGAGGAUUAACAACAAGAUUUACAACUGUUUCUGGACAAUAUAUGAAUCGUGUCACAGGUGUCAAAGAAUCUGCUAAAGGAGAAUAUUAUACAGCAACAUUUUUAUAUCCAAGAGAAAUGGCUGGUCUUCAAGUAGACAUACCUCAAUUGAGAGAAGAACGUUCUCUUAGAUUCCAAUAUUAUGAAGGUACACAUGGUGUUCAACUUAAGGCUUGUUGUGACACAACAGAUAAUUGCAAUUUUUCUUCCGAUAAGUUUGUCUCUGUUGAUGACCGUAUAUGGAAGGUUGGAAAACUAGAUUGCCCAAUUGGUACUAAAAGAAUUAUUUUCCUUUGCGAAAAUACACGUACUAAUCAAGGAGCAUGUGCAAUUGAUGACAUUGAAGUUGUAGCUAAAGAUAGUGGAGUCUCAUUAUCAUCAUUAGGAUUAUGUUAA